AUGGUUACUGGCAUGACAAAGGCAAUAAGUAUUAGAUUUGCAGAUCUUGGAGAUGAAGUGAAAUUUACAGAAAUUGCCAACUUUAGAAACUGGCCGAUGGAGGAAUUGAAAGACUAUGGAUGUGAUCAUGUUGAUGCUGUCACCAAUCGAUUUAAGGACACUUUAACUCAGCAAGGCGUGCAUGUAGAUGAUUUGCACGACCAGUGGUCCUUGCUUAAAACUCUUGUGCAAAACAAAUAUGGAAAUAAGCUGAACACUGUUAAGUGGACACAUGUUUGGUAUUGCUUUUCUGACAUGGGCAUCCAGGACAUUCUAACUGUUAUGGACUUACUGCGUACACUCCCUGCCACUUCUGUUGUCAAUGAGGCCUCCUUCAACCAGAUGAAAAUGACCAAGACAAACAGGAGACAGCGUUUGAGUAACAAGCACCUUGAUGAUUGCAUGGUUAUUCAGCUGGAGUCGACUGAUAUUUUGAACUUUGAUCCAACAGAAGCAAUUAAUAAAUGGAUGACAUCAAGUAAGCAGCCAAGAAGAUUGACCUACGCUAGAUCUACUUGCAACAAGAACAGCGAACAACAAGACGAAGACAUUAUGAUUCAGGAAGUGACACAGGAUGAGGAACCUAGGAAUACAACAGUUGCUGAAUCGGACCCUGAGACUGCAGAUGACUGUGACUACGAGACGGACUGUGACUCUGACAACGAACAGACAGAAGACUUUAAUGACAGAAUGGUAAAGGAGUUACAAUAA